AACAUGGCCCCGAUCCCCUCCGCCCUCAUCACGGCCGGCAGCGCAGGCCUCGGCGCCGCCACCGCCCGGCUCUUCGCCCGGAACGGCUACAACGUCGUCGUGAACUACGCCAACAACGCCGAGCGCGCGGAAUCCCUCGUGCGGGACCUGCGCUCCUCCUCCCCGCUCGCCGCGGACCAGCAGCGCUUCGCGGCCAUCAAGGCGGACCUCUCGCGCAAGGACGACCUGGCCGAGCUCGUCCGCGGCGCCGUCGCAGCCCUCGGCGGCCGCCUCGACGUGCUCUUCAGCAACGGCGGCUGGACCCGCAUCAGGAACCUCCAGGACCUGGACGAGAACGUCGACGAGGACGACUGGGACCGCUGCUUCAACAUGAACGUCAAGUCGCACCUGUUCCUGAUGCACGCCGCCCGCCCGCAUCUCGACGAGGCCGAGGGCGCCUUCAUCACCACGGCGUCCCUUGCCGGCGUCAAAGUCAGCGGGAGCUCAAUGGCCUACGCCGUGACGAAAGCAGCGCAAAUUCACCUCGUCAAGGCCCUAGCAAUGGCGGCGGGACCCAGGAUAAGGGUCAACAGCGUCUCACCCGGCCUCCUCUUGACGGAGCAGCGCGAGGCGAUGCGCGAGAAGACGAGGCUCAAGAGGCUGCCCACCGUCGACGACGUCGCGGAUCAGGUGCUGUGCUUCGCCAAGAGCAGGAGCGUCACCGGCGCCAAUGUGGUUAUCGACGGGGGCUUGAGCCUCUGA